CCGCCCGGGAAGUGAGGGCAAAAGGCGACAGCGGCCCUGGAAUUCUGUACAGUCAGAGCUGCGGACACCUAAGAUAACGAAAUUUCCGCGCUAGGUGGGGCGGGGCUCCGCGAGAACCUCAUCCUGAAGGGAUAACUUCGGAAGCAGAGGCAGGCGAUAGAGAAGGGGCGUCCGACGGCGACGGAGGACGUGACAAGAUUGAGGACCAGAGAGGGAAGGUGACCUCUCCAAAGUCACAGCUGGCCAAGAACCUAAGCCUGUAACUGAAGAGACCAGAGAUCUUUCUUUCUGCUACAUACACUCUUGGGAAACAGACCCUAAGAUCCUUGCAGAUUAUCUUCUGGGGAAAAAAUGCCUAAAGUCAAAAGAAGCCGGAAAGCUCCCCCAGAUGGCUGGGAGUUGAUCGAGCCAACAUUGGAUGAAUUAGAUCAAAAGAUGAGAGAAGCUGAAACAGAACCUCACGAGGGAAAGAGGAAAGUGGAAUCUCUGUGGCCCAUCUUUAGGAUCCAUCACCAGAAAACCCGCUAUAUUUUUGACCUCUUCUACAAGCGGAAAGCCAUAAGCAGAGAACUGUAUGAAUACUGUAUUAAAGAAGGCUAUGCAGAUAAAAACCUGAUCGCAAAAUGGAAAAAGCAGGGAUAUGAGAACCUAUGCUGCCUGCGGUGCAUUCAGACACGGGACACCAAUUUUGGGACAAACUGCAUUUGCCGGGUCCCCAAAAGCAAGCUGGAAGUGGGUCGGAUCAUCGAGUGCACGCACUGCGGCUGCCGGGGCUGCUCUGGCUGAGGCCGUCGGGCCCGACCCCCCUCCGCCCUGGACUCUGGACUGCGCAGGUUUCUGCCUGUCACGCCACCCUUUCCUGGGAGCAGCUCUUCCUCAGAGCAGUUCCCCAGGCCCAAGUAGGAGCAUGGUCUCUACAUGUGAAGGCUUUGGUGUUCAUCAGCUGUGAUUUGUAGAAAUAAAACUCUUAAACCUUU